AUGGAGGACAUGUGUCCACUGGAAAGAAAUUCCUUCCCCCCGGAUGACAGCGUGGGGAGGACCAAGGAGAUAGUAAAGCACCUGAAAAAAUGCCCCCUAUUUUUAAAGGCUCUCUAUCUUCACUACAAUCCAUUCUGCUUUCCCAGCAUAAAUGACACGAGUAGGUACCUAAUGGACAAAGAGGAUGUCGAAGCUGAGCUGAACCGAUACUAUGUCGCAUUCAAUGAAACCAUCCUCCACAUUUUAAAAGAAAAAAUAACUAUCACUAGCUUCAAUCAGUUUCACACUCUUAAGCAUAAAAUAAUUUUCGAGCGAUUUUUAAAUCACGGAGUGGAGGAGUUGCUGUGCAGGCUUCGGGACGACGCCUUUUUGAGAGCGCUGCAAGGAGAGGUAGCGGCGGGGGUAACAGAAAAGGGGGAGCGAAAUGGUGAAUCGCCAACGGAGCACCCCCCCGAGGGAGAUCCCCAUUUAAGCACUGCCAACCGGUUCUUGGAUGGCCACAUCGCCACAGUGAAGAAGUUGAUAUACCAUUUGAGGGAAAAUCCACAGCGGAAGAAUGGAAAGCACUCCUUUGUAAAGGAGCACCCGGGGAAGUUAUCCCCCCAUUGCAAACUAAUACAGACAGAGGAGGGAAACACUUGUGGUGCCGAUGCGGUGAACACAAAUGGGAGGGGAAGCAAUCCCAAGGAGAAACACCCACUGCCCAUUCUCACCCUCAAAAACAUCGGGAACAUCCACAAAUAUCGACUCUGCCAGGAGCUUCUACAAUUUAUAGACAAGGAGGUAUUCCCCCUGAAAGGAAAAAAUGAAGAAGAAAACAUCGACAAGGCAGAUACCAUCACGGAAGAGCAAGUGAUUGGGAGAGAAAACCUCGACAGAGACGAAGUGAUCAGCAUCGUCAUAUACACAGUCAUUUACCUAUGCUGCAAAAUGAGCAUUAUCAAAAGAUUAAAGAAUAAAAAUUUUCAUCACAAAAAUUGCCUGAACAGUUCAGCUAAAAAAUCGAUAUUUUUUUUUUUGGAAAACUUAGACAAACAUGACUUACAAAAUGUGAACCUAAUGUUUUUGCUUCUCCAUUUUAACGACAAUUUGUUGGGGAUCUUCGAACGUAUGUUUAAUGAAGGAGGAUGGAAUGGAAGGGAAGGCACCUCCCUCAGGGACUACCUCUUUAUCGAGCUGGGUGCCGGGAAAGCCAACACGACGCGAUGGGUCAAAUUUAUUAUGGACGACUUGGUCGACAUUUUGGAGAGGUUCCUUAUGCGUAGGGGUAAGCGGCGGGAAGAUGGCGUCGGGGAAAGGGCAACCCUGACUGGAGAAGAAGUGGACAGCCAAGCGGGGGAGCGAACAACCAACACGAUGGAGCAGUCACCCGGAGCAGUGGAACCACGGGAGAGGUGCAAACUUCUGAUCAUCGAGAGGGAAUCACUGAGGAACAAGAAGGAAAAAAAAAACUUCCUUAUGCAAAUGACCCAAGAGAAGAGCCAACAUCUGAUCAGAGUAAAGGCAGACAUCUCAGACUUCCAUUUGUUAAAAUUUAUGCACUUUUCAGAGAAUAGCUUCAAAGGGGAAGGAACUUCCUCCGCUGUGGCCUCUUCCUCGGCCGCGUUCAUUCCUGACAUCAUUCAGUUUUACUACUACAAGGGGGUGUACAAUUGGAGGGGGGGCGUUCCCGUGACGGAUAACCUGCAGGAUCCCACGCGGGAUGACGAACAAGACAGGGGUCCUCUACCCUCAAGGGGUGAUCAAAUCGACGACCCGCUCAGAACGGACCAACAGCCUAAAGAUGGAGGUGCCCCGAUAACGGAAGCGUUCCUGCGAAACAACCUGUCUCAGUUGGGCACCUACUUCGAUGUGCACGUAAAGAAGCUCUUCUCCUUUUUGACCCAGGGCAAUAACAACCUCUUGAGAGUUUACGAUGACAUGAAUAACUUCCUCAGAAACUUCGACUGCAAAAAGGUGACAUUUCUAACGAAGCACUUGUGUGGUAAUGGCACGGACUUAGCUCUUAGAAUGCUCGUGAACAGCUGCAAGAAGGACAAGGAAAAUUACUUCAUUCUCGCCCCGUGUUGUCACCAUAGAUGUGAGGUAGACAAAAUUUUGGGCUUUAAGCUUCUAACCGAGUUGGGCAUCAAUCAAGAGCACCUGCAACACGUCGUCAGACACAUGUCCGGCUACGCCUCCUGUGAUAACCACGCGAAGAAGACCAUCGGGAAGAAAGUGAAGCUUCUCGUGGACCUCGCCAGGAUCCUGCACCUUCUGGACGAGGGACUACAGCACGUGUACCUCAUCAAAUAUGUUAUGCGAAGUAUAACGAUAGAGAACCACGCAAUCGUCUUUUUUAACCAUCGGAAGUUGGACUUGCGAAAUUUCAGGCACGUGUAA